AUGUCGCAGCAACCUCAAGCCAUAGAUUUCGAAAAAAUACGAAACUCCUCAGAUGGGAGCUUGAAAGGAAUGAUGUCGGUUGGGUUCAAGGAAGUCAUAUUGAACAAUCCAUACUUUGCAGCAGGUGGUGGUUUAAUGCUUCUAGGUACUAGUUUGGCCUUGGCAAGGCUGGGUAUCGUGAAAAGUUCUGGAUUCCUAUAUCGUCAAAUGUUGGUGGAUUUGGAAAUACCCUCUAAGGAUAAGUCGUACUUGUGGUUUUUAGAAUGGAUGUCGAAGCACAAAUAUAGGACGUCACGACACCUCUCUGUGGAAACCAAUGUCAUCACGCAUGAUAAUGGAGCCAUUACAACAAAGUUUUCACUUGUACCUGGACCGGGAAAACAUCUUCUUAGAUAUAAAGGAGCAUUUAUCCUAGUAAACCGUGAACGAUCGGGGAAAUUAUUAGACAUGACUAGUGGAACACCGUUUGAGACUGUUACAUUAACGACGCUAUACCGAGAUCGGAAAUUGUUCAAUGACUUGUUAUACGAGGCAAAAAGUAUGGCUUUGAAAGCACGGGAAGGAAAGACAGUCAUAUUCACGUCGUGGGGUCCUGAAUGGAGACCUUUUGGUCAACCAAGAUCAAAAAGAUUGUUGGGCUCAGUCAUAUUAGAUAAGGGAAUAGCAGAAGGUGUUGUUGAUGACGUUAGGGACUUUUUGACCAGCGGUGAAUGGUAUCACAGAAGAGGUAUACCUUAUAGAAGAGGCUAUUUAUUGUAUGGGCCGCCUGGAAGUGGGAAAACUUCGUUCAUACAAGCUCUUGCUGGCGAAUUGGACUACAACAUUUGCAUUUUGAACAUCUCUGAAAAUUCCUUGACCGAUGAUCGAUUGAAUCAUCUCAUGAACCACAUCCCAAAUAGGUCGAUCUUGUUGCUCGAGGAUGUCGAUGCAGCAUUUAAUAAGAGAGAACAGUCUACGGAUCAAGGAUACACAAGUGGGGUCACCUUUUCCGGACUCUUGAAUGCGUUGGAUGGUGUUGCCAGUGCCGAGGAGUGUAUAACGUUUAUGACGACGAAUCACCCUGAACGGUUAGACCCAGCUUUGUUAAGGCCAGGCCGUGUUGACUACAAAGUAUUGAUUGGCAAUGCUACUGAGUACCAAGUUAAAAGAAUGUUUCUUAGAUUCUAUGAAAAUGAGGAGGAGUUAUGUGAAGAGUUCCUCAGUAAGUACAGAAAACUCAAUUUGCAUCAUGUCAGCACUGCUCAAUUGCAAGGCUUGUUUGUAUAUAAUAAAAGGGAUCCAAAAGCUGCCGUUGACAUGAUUGAAACACUAAGGGAUCCAAACUCGGUAUUUUAG